AUGACACCACACAAUCUCAUCCCUGCCGGCUACUUCUACAGCGACGACGACCUGCUCAACCGCAUCUGGUAUGCUGGCGCGUACACCGUGCAGCUGUGCACGAUCGCUUCGAACGAGUCACGCGCCAACCCGCCGACGAUCACCGAGUACGGCUGGUUCAACAAUGCCACCAUCCAGAACGUGACUACCGGAGCCGAGGUAUACGUGGACGGCGCCAAGCGCGACCGCACGCCGUGGCCCGGUGACUUCGGCGUCUCCACGCUGUCCAAGGUAGUUUCCCUCAACGGCGACAACCUCCUGUCUGUUCGCCAUGCCAUCAACUCGCUGUACGCCAUCCAGAACACGACCAACGGACAGUUCGCGUACGCGGGCACGCCCAUCGCUCCGCGCGUUCAGCUUGCAGGCAUCAACUCGGACACGUACCACAUCUGGACGCUGAUCGCGCUGGCCGACUACGCGACGUUGACAGCUGACACGGAGUUCGUGGAGAACCUCUGGGACCAAGCGCUGUACGGCUUCGAGUUUAUCCUUGGCAACGUGGACACCUCCGACAUGCUUCUGAACGUCACGGGCGUGUACGACUGGGGUCGCGUGGGCCAGGGUGACAAGAACAUCGCCGCCAACUCGCUGCUCUACCACGCGCUGUACAGCUACGCUGAGUUGGCUCCGCAGCUCGGCUUAGAGGUGCCUUCGUCCAACGGCACGGCGUUUGGUGAGCUCGCCAGCGCCGUCAAGACGGCCGUCAACUCGAACCUGUGGGACGACUCGGCCGGCCUCUUCCGUGAUAACACCACCGCUGCCGGCGGCGAGCUGCACCCGCUUGACGGCAACUCGCUUGCAGUUCGCUACAACCUGACCCAGUCGUCGGAGCAGGCCGCCACUGUCUCGGAGAACCUGGCCACUCGCUGGAACGAGUACGGUGCUGUGUCGCCCGAAGGCCUCGGCUCCAUCUCGCCCUUCAUCACCAGCGUCGAGGUUGAAGCUCACUUGCGCGCCACCCCCGGCAACGCCUCGCUCGCGCUGGAGAUCAUCCGUCGUCAGUGGGGCUACAUGUUGAAGGCCUUCAGCAACUCCACCACCAUCGAGGCGUACUACGAGACGGGCGAGCUCAUGUACCCCUUCUACGGCCUCGAGCUUGGCGGCUACAUCUCGCACGCGCACGCCUGGUCCACGGGCCCGACGGCGUCUCUGACGCUGCACGUGGGCGGUCUGAGCCCCGUGACGGACGCCGGCAAGACGUGGGAGUUCGUGCCGCACGCCGCUGGGGCGGACGUCGGCGAGCUGCACACUGGUUACACGAUGGCGACGGGCGACUUCAGCGUGGAGUGGACGACCAAGAACGAGGACAGCUUCUUCUUCGCCAACCUCGAGACGCCGCACAACACGACGGGGUCCAUCUCAGUGCCCACAUUCGGCAAGUCGCUCGACUCGAUCGAUAUCUCCAUCAACGGCAACACGGUGUGGGCCAACGGUGCGGCGUCAUGGAGCGGCUUCGGAGCUCCCAGCGGAUCGGCCGACUUCGUGACAGUGGCGGAGGUGCCGUACGGAGGCUGGUUCUCUAUCGUGGCCAAGGACGCCUAG